AUGAGUCCUAUUCGUUCCACAUCGCCACCGGAGGAGCGGCCAGAGCGACCUCCGUCUAAGAGACGAAGGCCACACAGAAAGUCGCGCACAGGAUGCCUCGAUUGCCGCAAACGCCGAGUUAAGUGCAGCGAAGAGCGGCCGAGCUGUCGCUCUUGUAUCCGGCGGGAAGUUGUGUGUGAAUAUCCCGAGGAAGCACAGGCCGUUGACAAAGACGUGUCACAAGCGCCCGAAGUCCUGCAUGAAGUCUCACCAUCCUUUUCUUUACCUAUGCCACGACUCAGUCGAGAACAAACCCGCGUAAUUCCUUUGUAUACUCCAGUAUCAACUCCAGGAACGGUCUCAGGUGCAUCGCAAACAUCGGCCCAGUUUCCCGCAGAAUUCGGCAUUAGGGAUCUUGCAUUACUGCACCACUGGACUAUGUCAACCAGCGUUGACAUCUACAAAACACCUGACGUCGAUGUGCUAUGGCAGGUGACCAUUCCACAUAUCGGCUUUCAGCAUCCGUUUGUGGCGCACGCCAUUAUAAGCCUGGCGGCUCUGCACAUGGCUUACAUCAGUGGUUACAGCAACAGCUCAUAUGUUACAGAGGCAACGCAGCAUCACGAGAAAGCUCUGGCUGGGUUCCAUGAGAUUAUACAGAACUUCACGAGUGAGAAGAGCGAGGCCGUGCUCGCUUGGUCACUUCUCAACGUAUUAUAUGUUUUCAGUAUCUCAAGAGAGCUUUCUAGCAACGCUGAACGAGACACGCCACGUCUUCGAAAAGACCGAUUAUUAGGUGUCGAGUGGAUUCCAAUGAUACGUGGUGUUGAUGCCGUCCUUGCCCCGCAUUACGACUUUAUACGGAGCGGACGGAUGAGUUCUAUAGUGACCCUCGGAAACUGGGACGAACUAGAACCUGAUAAGAUCGCCUCUACGCCAGUGGACAAGGAGCUCUGCCGAACACGAGACUCGUGGAAGAACAGCAGCGACGGUGAAGUUUAUGAACAAACUCUUCGAUAUUUGAGGAAGUGCUACAUGUACAUGUCGCAGUUUGAGACAAUUGAUGGCCAGGCACUUGAGCAAUGGGGAUGUAAUCGGGCAUGGGCUGCACCCAUGGCAUUUAUACAUUUUGCACCCCAGCAGUAUUUUACACUGCUCCAUCAACGGCAACCCCCUGCACUGGUACUUUUUUCUUUCUUUGGUGCACUUUUGCAUACUCUAAAUGAAAUUUGGUUUCUCGAGGGAUGGGGCAAGGAUAUCGUAGAAGUAGUGGAUGAAUUACUGGGGAGUUUUUGGAGAUCUUGGAUCUCCUGGCCGCUGCAUAUUGUGGGUAUAGAAUAA